UCUUUUGACAUUUUGCAAAUGGUUGAUGAAAAGUCGUAUGAUGUGACAUUUUUAUUGUUUGGCCAAUAACAUACUAAAUAGUUUACUUUUUGUUGUCAAUAAUUAAUGUAUUUUUCUACGCACUGCAAUAAUAAAUUAUAAAAUGAAUUAUUUAAGGGAUAAUGGGAGUAUGGGGUUAACCUCAGAACAAACUGAGAAAGUUCUUCAACUACAAGACUUAACUGGAAUUGAGGACAUAACUAUAUGCAGAGAUGUGUUACAAAGACACCAAUGGAACCUAGAAGUAGCAGUUCAAGAACAAUUAAAUAUUAGAGAAGGAAGACCUAGCAUGUAUGCCACUGAAACUAGACCUCCUGCAGUUGUUAGUGAUCAUUUAGGACAGCAUAUAUUCUAUACACCACCUACAGAUGGUUCUGGGAGCGGAGUUAGAGGACUUUUUAAAACUGUAUUUAAUUUCAUGUUUAAUAUGUGCUACAACACACUGAUCACAUUGCUUCAACUUGGCCGUAGGUUACUCCGCAUACAAGAUACUCGCAGACCAAACUACCUGCAAGAUGUGAUGGAUUUUAUUAGAGUUUACGAAGAAAAAUAUCCCAGAAUCCAUCCUGUAUUCUACCAAGGCACCUUCUCCCAAGUAUUAAAUGAUACAAAGAGGGAAUUAAGGUUUUUGUUAGUGUAUUUACAUGAUUCCAAAGCACCUGACACAGAUAAAUUCUGUAACAGGACAUUAGCCGAUCAAGAAAUAAUUCGAUAUGUGAAUCAAAACUUUUUAUUUUGGGGCUGUUCUGCGUAUUCCGAUGAAGGUACAAAAACUGCUGCAGCUGUCAGAGCAAGUUCUUAUCCAUUUUUGGCCGUUUUAGUUCUUAAGGAUAAUAAGAUGACUAUUGUUGGUAGGCUAGAAGGAUUUACUGAUGCAAUACUAUUAAAACAGAGACUGACGAAUAUUGUUAGUGAGUACGAGAUUAAUUUACUAAGUGCGAGAGCUGAUAGACUAGAAGCCAGUAUUAACAGAUCACUGAGGUUUCAACAAGAUGAAGCGUUUGAGGAGAGUUUAAGAGCUGACCAAGAAAAAGAAAGGAGGCGUGAGCAAGAAAGAAGGGCCAAAGAGGAAGAGCUUCGUAAAGUAGAAGAGGAAAAACUCGCCGAGCAAGCGCGCAGAGAAAGCUUGGCACAAGAAAAAAUUAAUUCCUUACAAAGAGUCCCGCCAGAGCCAGAAGCGAGCCACCCUGAUGCUGUGCAUGUAGUUUUCAAAUUGCCUUGUGGUAGCAGACUUGAGAGACGAUUUCUCAAAUCACAUUCCUUAGAGUCGGUGUUUUACUUCGUAUUUUGCCAUCCAAAUGCACCAGAUUCGUUCGAAAUCACCACCAAUUUUCCAAAACGGGUGUUGGAUUGUCGUCAAGAAAGCCAAGAUAUUAUACUAACGCUGGAACAGGCAGGUUUAAAAAAUAGAGAAGUUCUCUUCAUAAACGACCUAGAUGCUUAACUUUUUCAAAAUCAAGAAGCCUAAGAACUUUCAACAAUCGAAACUGUUGGUUACCUUGAACAGAUUUAUGCACAUUCGUUUAUACUAUUUUUACAGAAGAUAUGUGCGAGUACCCAGCCAUAUUUUAGUGAUAUAAUAUUUCUUUUGUGGCCUACCUUUCAUCAAGUGCUUUCUUUCACCUCUCCCGUAAUGUAUUAAGCAAAAAAUUAUAAUAAAUGUUUUCAAUAGAUGUAUAAUUGUCAGGUAUUACCAACAAGAGAGAUUUCUAUACUAUUUUUACUACAAAAACACUCUGACGUCAUUCAAUAUUUCUGACGUCAGAGCAUUGGCAAAACAUUAGAACAUGACUUUUCAUCAUGGCCAUGUUUCUUGUACAGUGAGAAGCUAGGUAGCAUUAUUUGUCAGAGAUCUUUUUCUUUGUUCUUAUCUACUGUGACAAGUAAUAAUGCAUAGCUUCUCGCUGUCAAGAAACAUGGCCAUGAUGAAAAGUCAUAUUCUAAUGUUUUGGCAAUGCUCUGACGUCAGAAAUCUUGAAUGACGUUAGCUUAUUUUUGUAGUGAACAAACCAUAAUCACAAACAUACUUUCAGGAAAAAAAUCGGGAUUAAGGGUUUUUGGAAAUGUUAAAGGGUCAAGAAAGGAUAUGGCAUUUUCUUAACAAACACCUAUGUUAAAUGGUCAAAUUAAAGAAAAAAUGCUAAAUAUAUUCCAUUGCUAUCAACUUUUUGAUAAACUGCUAGUUAAGUGUAUUGAAAUAUUUUGUUUGCAGGUUAACUGUUUUGUAGCCUUUUUGUGUUUUUCUUUUUCUCACGUUUAUUUUUCUUUUCUUCCAGUUAUUUUUUUGCUACUUAUCUCAAAUUAAGCUUAACUUAAACGUUCUAAUAUACAGUUAGACCAGGCGGAUCUGUAAAAAAACGUCUAUUUUUGGAUGUGCGAGAUGGCAUUCGGAUUUUUGCAGAUAAAGUUAGGUGACAACUUCAAUAAUAAUAAUUGACUUAUGCUCCUUCUCAAAUAUGCCCAGAACAUUAAUAAAAAAAUUAAAAUAUUUAAAAAUUUCGAAGAACAUCGAUUUUUUUCUACUUUCUUUGCUUAUAACUUUAAAACGAUUCAUUUUGGAACAAAGUCGUAGCGAAAUAAAAUACAGAUAAUUGAAUUUUCUAUGACAAACGACUGGUUAAAAAUGUCAUUAAGCUAUUACCCUUUCUGCAAAAUAGCAAUAAAUACAAAAUAAGGGGGCAAAAUAAGCCCGUUUUUAUUCAAUGUUUUUCAACCACUUUGGUUGCACUUAGAACUUUCGUAACUCGAUUAGAAAAUUGUUACAACAUACUUAAAUCGUUCACCAAAUUUCAUUAAAAUCGACCUGAUGGAUUUUGCAGAAUAAUUUUGCAAUCUAAAUUUUUUUUAAGUUCAAAUUUUUUAAAAACUUUCUGAAGAAAACUAGACCAUCUAGAAGUUUGCAAAUUUUUUUACAUAUAAAGAGAUUCUCUACCUAUCUAAUACACUUUACAGAAUUAAAAUCGGAUUAUUUAAGCGGCCUCAGCACUGUUUUUAAGUUUUAAACAAUUUUUUGGCUUAUAAACAAAUACAGUGACAACGUUUGAGUUGGCAUAAAUUAAUUUUCUCAAGAAUAGGCGUCUCUGGAGAUAAAUCCAGAAACAGGUCAAUUUUUAUUUUUAAUUUCCAAUUUUUUGGUAUAUAUAUCAUACUAGUGAUGUCAUCCAUCUGAGGGUGAUGACGUAAUCGAUGAUUUUUAAAAUAAGAAUAGGUGCCGUGUGAUAGCUCAAUCGAAAGGCUAUUCAAUUUUGUAUUCACUAAUAUAGACAUUGACACAAUUAUUUAUACAGGGUUUGAAUUAAAAAAAAAUUGAAUUAAAUUAAUUCCAAUAUUUAGAUUACGUUAUCACACCCAGAUGGAUGACGCCACUAGUAUGAUAUUUAUGCCAAUAAAUUAUAAUUUAAAAAUAAAAAUCGAUCUGUUUCGGGAUUUAUCUCCAGAGUCUCCCAUUCUCAAGAAAAUGAAUUUAUUUCAACUCAAACGUCCUCACUGCAUUUGUUUAUAAAUCAAAACAUUGUUUAUAACUUUAAAAUAGUGCUGAUGCCGCUUAAAUAAUCCGAUUUUAAUUCUGUAAAGUGUAUUAGAUAGGUAGAGCGCCUCUUGAUAUGUAAAAAAUUAGCCAACUUCUAAAUGGUCUACUUUUUGUUCAGAAAGUUUUUAAAAAAUUCGAACUUUUUAAAAAAAAUUUAGAUUGCAAAAUUAUUAUGCAAAAUCUAUUAGGUCGAUUUUAAUGAAAUUUGGUGGACGGUUUAAGUAUGUUUUAAGAAUUUUCUAAGCCAAUUAUGAAGGUUCUAAAUGCAACCAAAGUGGUUGAAAAACAUUGAAUAAAAACAGUCUUUUUUUCCCCCUUAUUUUCUAUUUAUUGCUAUUUUGCAGAAAGGGUAAUAAUUUAAGACAUUUUAAACCAGUCGUAUAUUAUACAAAGUUCAAUUUUCUUUAUUUUCUUUAUCUACGACUUCGUUCCAAAAUGAAUCGUUUUUUAAAGUUAUAAGCAAUGAAAGUAGAAAAAAAAUCGAUAUUUUUCGAAAUUUUUAAAUAUUUAAAUUUUUUUAUUAAUGUUCCGGGCAUAUUUGAGAAGGAGCAUAAGUCAAUUAUUAUUGUUGAAGUUGUCACCUAACUUUAUCUGCAAAAAUCCGAAUGCCACCUCUCACAUACACCUCAAAACAGAUCCGCCCUAGUCUAAAUCAACUCAAAUGCUCUCUCGUAGUUCACAAACAAUGCGACCAGUGCCUUGUUCUAUUCCACCGUUUUUCUACAUUCCAAAUUGUACAAAAAAUUCACAAAAUGCCACCAGUUUUCACCAGUUAUGAAUUAAAUUUUAAGUACUUGUACUCUAAAUUUACAAUCAAGAUGCAGUAGAAAUAAACAAACCAAGACACGUUAAAUGCUACUAGGAGCACUCCCGAAUCAUAAUUUACAAUGUAUAUACAUUGUAAAUCCCAAAUAAUGAUUUCCAACGUUUAUAAAUUGUAAAUUAUGGUUCGGGAGUGCUCCUAGUAGCAUUUAACGUGUUUUGGUUUGUUUAUUUCUACUGCUUCUUGAUUGUAAAUUUAGUAUAGGUGUAAACAGAAAAUACCAUAUUCUCUAUUAGACUAUUUAAAGAUAUUAGAAUUUGUUAAAAUCCCAUCACAUACAUUUAGACAAUAAAUAUUUUUUCUUAA